AUGGAGUGUUUAGAGUUGAGGAAGGUUCUUCCUCCGAUUACUCAAGGCCGGGGGAGAAUCAAGGGAGAAGAGCAAAGAAGAUACUAUCAAGAUUGGGCUGAGCAAAGCGACUAUUGGAAAAGAGAGGAGGAUCAUGAAGAGGACCACACUCACACAAGUGAGAGCCCUAAAUCGAGAGGGAGUGCAAGUAGUCCGAGGGUGAAUGAUUUCUUGUCACGCAUCCUUGAUAAAGUCGAAGGCUCAGAUGACUUGUUAAAAGGGAUAAAAUCCGACUUUUCAUCAUUGAACAAUAAAGCGAACUCUCACGUAGAUGCAAUCAAGAUACUUAAAGGUCAGUUGAGUUCACUUUCAUCACAAUUGAAACCAAAAAUGAUAAUGAAAGAUGAUGUUAGAGAGCUGGUUGUGGUGACUCGAAGUGGAAAGGUAGAAAUAGGCGAUGUGAAGGGAAAUGAGGAAGCUCAAGUGCAUGAAGAAGACAAAGGGAUGGAUAAAGACGAGGCACCUAUCCAUCAAAGCAUUGCCAAAGGACCACAAAAGAAUAUGGAGAAACACAAUAAAAGCCCAAAAGUUAUGCAACCUUUACCCAAAAUAACUCAUCCAUUUCCUCAAUGUCUAAAGAAGAAGAAUGAGGAUGAGAAGUUCAAGAAAUUUUUAUCGGUGUUCAAGACAUUAUCUAUUAAUCUUACCCUAGUGGAAGCAUUGUUGAAAAUGUUGGGGUACGCCAAAUUUAUGAAGGAGUUAGUCACAAAGAAAAGGAGCUUGGAUUUUGAAACAAUCGAAGUCUCCCAUAGUUGUAGUGCAAUUAUGACUAAGGAGCUAAUCAAAAAGAGAGAAGAUCCUGGAGCAUUCACCAUCCCGUGCACCAUAGGCAUGCUCCAAUUUACUAAAGCCCUAUGCGAUUUAGGAGCAAGCAUCAACUUGAUGCUAUAUGCGAUCUACAAACAACUUGGGUUGGGGGAACCAAAAGCCACAACAAUGAGACUUUUGAUGGCGGACCAAUCACUUAAACAUCCUGUGGGGAUACUAUAUGACAUCUUGGUAAAGGUUGACCGAUUUAUUUUCCUGGCUGAUUUUGUCAUUCUAGAUUGUGAAAUAGAUGUUGAAAUUUUCAUUAUUUUGGGAAGACCAUUCUUGGCAACCGGAAGAGCGUUGGUGGAUGUUGAGAGCGGAGAAUUGAAGUUUUGGGUGAAUGAAAAUUAA